AUGGGGGUCCUCAAAGGGAUCGGCAAGGGGUCCAGCGGAUGGGGACAAGAUGACGGAUGGAAGGAGGGAAAUGGUGGUUAUUCUAGCGGAGGUUGGGGACAAAGUGGCGGAUCUGGAGCAGGAGGGUACUCCUCUGGAGAAAGUGGUGGCUGGGGGAAAGCAGGAGGAAGUGGGGCAGGCUGGGGUCAGCAAAGCGGUGGUGGCGGUGGUGGUGGAAGCGGUGGAAAUCAGGGCGGUUGGGGUCAAAACAAUGAUGGAGGAUCGUCAUCAGGAGGUUAUUCUUCAGGCGGAAAUCAGGGCGGAUGGGGUCAACAAAGCGGUGGUAGUGGUGGAAAUCAAGGUGGUUGGGGUCAAAAUAACAAUGGAGGAUCGUCAGGAGGCUAUUCGGGGGGAAAUCAGGGCGGUUGGGGUCAAAAUAAUAAUGGCGGCUCAUCAUCCGGCGGGAAUCAGGGUGGUUGGGGUCAGAACAAUAAUGGCGGAUCUUCAUCAGGGGGUUAUUCUUCUGGCGGAAACCAGGGCGGAUGGGGUCAAAACAAUAAUGGGGGAUCGUCAGGAGGCUAUUCGGGCGGAAACCAGGGCGGAAAUCAGGGCGGUUGGAGUCAGAACAACAAUGGCGGCUCCUCAUCAGGAGGCUAUUCUUCAGGUGGAAAUCAAGGCGGCUGGGGUCAAAAUAAUAAUGGCGGCUCAUCAUCAGGAUCGUACGGCGGAAACCAGGGGGGUUGGGGUCAAGAUGGCGGACAAUCUGGAGGCUACUCUUCCAGCGGAAAUAAUCAGGGCGGGUGGGACCAGAACAAUAAUCAACAAUCAUCUUCCGGUGGUUAUUCUUCUGGCGGCGGCGGCGGCGGCGGUGGUGGUCAGCAACAAGGGUGGGGUCAAUCAAAUAGUAAUAGCGGAAGUGGUGGAAAUCAAGGCGGCUGGAACCAAGGAGGAGGAGGAGGCUCAAGUGGGGGCUAUUCCUCCGGGGGAAAUAAUCAAGGUUGGGGCCAGCAGGGAGGGAACAGUAAUAGCGGCUCUAGUAGCGGGUGGAAUACUGGUAGCAGUUCAGGUUCUAGUCAAAAAGGAAGUGGGUGGGAGAGGCGACGAUAA